AUGUCUACUUCUCCUAUUGAGGCUGUUGCAGCCGUCAUUAAGGCCGCUAGUAACCCAGUGUAUGUGACUCAACCAGCCAAAUCCGCUGCAUCCAAGUGGGCCGAACUCUUGGAAUUCACUCCCUUGAUCGACUCUAAUGAGCCUUUGGCACUCGUUGCGGGCUACAUCGAUGCCAAUGACGUUUCUGAAGAUGACGUUCGUCCCACCACGGUUGUGGUCACUGACGGAACCACCUUGUUGCAGAACUUGCCAUUUUUGUCUUUAUCUGCUUAUAAGAAGACUCCAGUUGUCAUAAAUGUCGAUCUCUCAGCCGGUGACUACGGCGUCGUCACCGCGUUCUCUGAUGCACAGAUUCCUAUCUUUGUAUCUCAAAAUGCUGCCGACGCUUUCGUUCACACACAGGCUGCCUUCGCUGCUGCUGCUUCUGAGAAGAGUGCCGUGCUUAAUUUUUUCUCUUCAGCCAGCGCUAGUGAGAAAAUUACCACUGAUAUCUCUUCUCAACCUCAAGGAACUUUCAGUGACAUCCUUGUCCAAUACAACAUCAACGCAUUCCUGGCACUCAACAAGGUUUCCAACGCCAAAGAUGCCAUUGUAUUCUUGGGACAGACAUCUCCUGAAUUGGUCAAAGCUGCAACUGCCCAGAAGGCCUUGUUGUACACUGUGAACGUCUUCCAACCUUUGGACUUGGAGGCUCUCCUUUCUAUAAUACCUUCUUCCGUCGAGACCUUGACUUUGGUUGAGCAGACGACUAAGAUUGCCUCUUUCUCUCCUUUGCUUUUGGAAUUCUUCAAGAAGUACCCUCAAUUCCAGCAUUUGAAAAACUUCACAAAGAUCGUUGGAGCUAAGUAUGCCCAUGCUUCCGAUGCAUCUUCUGCUACAUCUAAUUUAUUGGCCAACACUAGAUCUGCUUCUCCAUUGCAGAACGUUUUGUUUGGCAAAGCCGACGGAACUGCUUCUUCCGAGGCACAAACAGCCCAGAGCGAGAAGCAAGCUGGUCAACUCAAAGUUUACGAGUUGGAGCAAGCAUACUUAAAGGUCUUGAACCAGGUUAACCCUAACAGCACUGUCCUUAACGACAUCUCCGAAAAAACCUUGGGAGGAUCCAGCAACCCUGAGUUUGGUUUUGGAUCUUACUUGUACUUCAAGGAGAGACAAAACAAUUUGGCCGCUUUGGUUUCAGCAUACAUUCAAAAAGGUGUCUUCUCCUCUCUAGACAACGAGAAAUUGGUGGAGCUCUUAUCUCAAUGGUUGGUUCAGCUCAAGCAGGGCAAAGCCUUUGCAUCAGUUGAGGAACUAUUAAACAUCCUUAGCUCGGACCAAUCCGAACCAGCAAAGGAAAUUCUUAGUUUGAAGGACUACUUCACCAUUCAAUCCAAGUGGUUGGUUGGAUCUGAUGCUUGGUCCUAUGACUUGGGAUCCUCAGGUGUUCACAACGUUAUUUCCUCCGGAGAGAAUGUGAACAUGCUUGUUAUUGAUUCCGAACCAUACUCCUCUAAAAAAGCUGGCGCUCUCCGCAAGAAGGACAUUGGAUUGUACGCUAUGAACUACGGCAACUGUUAUGUCGCAUCUGUCGCCAUCUACUCUUCCUACACCCAAGUCUUGCAAGCUUUCAUUGAGGCAGAGAAGUUCAAUGGACCAUCUAUUGUGUUGGCAUACUUGCCUUAUGAGACUGAAGAUGCUCAAGUUUUGAGCAUUUUGAAGGACACCAAGGCUGCAGUCGACUCCGGGUACUGGCCAUUGUACAGAUUCGAUUCUGCUCAAGAGGAGGACUCUCUCAGAUUCAAGCUCGAUUCAUCUGCCUUGAGAACUCAAUUGAGAGACUUCUUGGACCGUGAGAACAAAUUGACUCUUUUGGCUAAGAAGAAUCCCCAACUCUCUCGUAACUUGACAGCUUCAGCCAACUCUGAGGCAAAGAAGCGUCAAGCUCAACUCGAGGAUGAGUCUUACAAGCAAUUGUUGCAAGGAUUGUCUGGUCCGCCAUUGACCAUUGGUUUUGCCUCUGAUGGAGGAAAUGCCGAAGCUGUGGCAAAAAAGAUCAACCGUCAAGCUUUGGCCCGUGGAUUGAAGUCCAUCGUCUUGUCUAUGGAUGACAUCUCGGUCGAAGACUUACCCUUGGAGACAAACAUCGUGUUUGUGACUUCCACUGCUGGUCAAGGUGAGUUCCCAAACAACGGUAAAGGUUUCUGGGAUGAGUUGAAGCUGUCUCAGGACUUGGACUUAUCUUCUAUCCGUUUCUCCGUCUUCGGAUUGGGUGAUUCCAAAUACUGGCCAAGAAAAGAGGACAAGCACUACUACAACAAGCCCGCUGUUGAUUUGUUCAACAAGUUGGAGUUCUACGGUGGUGUGGAGUUGGCUGGUCUUGGCUUGGGUGAUGACCAGGACCCAGAUGGGUUCAGCACCGGCUAUGACGAUUGGCUUCCAAAGAUCUGGACUGCUCUAGGUGUUGAUAAUGUGGAAGGUAUUGAAGAACCAAAGCCACUCACCAACGAAGACAUGAAGAUUCAAUCGGACUACUUGAGAGGUACUAUUGCCGAGGGAUUGAGAGACGAGUCUACGGGUGCAAUCUGUGCUGUUGAUCAACAAUUGACCAAGUUCCACGGUAUCUACAUGCAAGAUGACAGAGACAUCAGAGAUGAACGUAAAGCUCAAGGCUUGGAGCCCGCUUACUCGUUCAUGGUUCGUCUCCGGUUGCCAGGUGGUGCUGCCAAUCCAUCCCAAUAUUUGAGAUUGGACGAGUUAGCAGAUGUCAGAGGUAACGGCACUCUUAAAAUCACAACCCGUGCUACCUUCCAGCUUCAUGGUGUCGUCAAGCACAACAUGAAGCCAGCUAUCAGAGGAAUGAACGGUGUCUUGUUGGAUACUUUGGCUGCAUGUGGUGACGUGAACAGAAAUGUCAUGGUCUCUGCUUUGCCUGAAAAUGCCAAGGUUCACAAGCAGAUCGCUGACACCGGUGCUCUCAUUUCUGAGCACUUGUUGCCAGAAACCACUGCCUACCAUGAGAUUUGGUUGGAGGGUGCUGACGACCAAGAUUAUGCUGGUGACAGAGAGAAAUGGGAGGCCAGACCAGAUGGUCCAAAGAAGAAGAAGACCAUGGUUGCAGGUAAUGCUUUGGUUGACUAUGAGCCACAGUAUGGUCCAACUUACUUGCCAAGAAAGUUUAAGGUCGUCAUCACUGUCCCACCUUACAACGAUGUUGAUGUCUACGCACACGAUAUUGGUUUGAUUGCAAUUGUGGAGAACAACAACGUCAUUGGUUACAACCUUCUUGCUGGUGGUGGUAUGGGUUCCACCCAUAACAACGUCAAAACCUACCCUAGAACUGGUUCUAUGUUGGGUUUCGUGCCAAUUGAGAAAGUCCAUAUUGCUUGUGAGAAUGUCAUGUUAGUGCAAAGAGACUUCGGUGACAGAACCAACAGAAAGCAUGCUAGAUUGAAGUACACCGUUGAUGAUCUUGGCGUCGACGUAUUCAAGCAGAAGGUUGAAGAAUACUGGGGCGAGUCUUUCGAAGAGCCUCGUGCCUUCGAGAUCAAGAGCAAUGUUGACUACUUUGGUUGGGUCAAGGACGAGACUGGAUUGAACCACUUCACUGCGUUCAUUGAGAACGGUCGUAUCGAGGACACUGCUUCAUUGCCUCAAAAAUCUGGUUUGAGAGAAUUAGCCAAGUAUUUGAUCUCUCAAAAUACUUCGGGUGAAUUCAGAUUGACUGGUAACCAGCACAUGGUUAUUUCGAACAUUUCGGACGACCACUUGGCUGCCGUCAAGGAAAUUCUUGCCAAGUACAAACUUGACAACACCGAAUUCUCAGCUUUGAGAUUGUCAUCCUCAUCGUGUGUGGCUCUUCCAACCUGUGGUUUGGCUAUGGCUGAAUCCGAGCGUUACUUGCCUGAGUUGAUUACUAAGUUGGAGCAAUCCUUGGAGGAGUACGGUUUGAGACACGACUCUGUGGUCAUGAGAAUGACUGGUUGCCCUAACGGAUGUGCCAGACCAUGGCUUGCUGAGGUGGCAUUGGUUGGUAAAGCUCCUGGUGCCUACAACUUGUUGUUGGGAGGUGGUCACCACGGUCACAGAUUGAACAAGAUUUACCGUUACUCUAUCAAGGAGCAUGAGAUCUUGAGCAUCUUGAAGCCACUCUUCAAGAGAUGGAGUUUGGAGAGAAACGAGGGUGAACCUUUCGGAGAUUUCUGUAUCAGAAUUGGAGAGAUCAAGGAGACUACUGAAGGUAAAUACUUCCACGAGGGCAUUCCAGAGGAUGCUUAA